AUGUCGGACGAGCGCUUUUUAUCAAUUGCCGAGCGGUUGGAGCGACGAUUACCUCGUAGGGUAAUUCGACUCCGGGGCCUUCCAUAUUCGUGUUGUGGCGCUGAAGUUGUCGAAUUUUUCGCGGAAACUGUAGAUAUCGUGAAUGGAGAGGCGGGCGUACAUUUUACGCUCACAAAAGAAGGGCGGCCGAACGGCGAAGCGUACAUCGAGCUUGAAACUGAUAUUGAUGUAGAAAAGGCUAUGACCAAGGACAGAACGCUUCUUCAAGAUCGCUACAUCGAAAUCUUCAAGGCAACAACGGAGGAGAUGGAUUACGUUCUUGAAAAAACCGAGCGUCAGGCGAACCAGCCCUGGGAGAAUGUAGUUAAACUACGCGGGAUACCAUACAAAUGCACGAGUGACCGUAUUCGACAUUUUCUCCGUGAACUGGAUAUUCCGUCGCAUGGCGUUGUGAUGGUUACUGAUGCGCGUGGUCGCAAUACCGGCGAAGCGUUCGUUCAGUUGAAGUCACAUGAGCAUGCGGAGCAGGCCUUGCUCAAGCACAAAGAGUGCAUUGACAGACGCUACAUUGAGAUCUUCAAGGCGACGAAGGCGGAAAUGUCUCAGGCUAGCCAGCGUCUUCACAAUCAGUGCAACGGUGAGCAUUAUUGUCGGCGAAACUCCUCUCUCCGCGGCGUCGGCCUUGACGGAGUUUACCGACAUGUUGUUCAAAUGAGGGGGCUUCCGUUUCGAGCCACUGAAGAACAAGUGCGCACGUUCUUUGGUCAAGAUGUAGAAAUAUCCGCAGUGCAGUUUGAAAUUGGAGCUGAUCACAGACCGACUGGCAGAGCGAGUGUUGCUUUCGCUACGCAUGAAGACGCAGAGAAGGCGAUGAAGAAAGAUAAGGAAUGCAUGGGAAAACGAUAUAUCGAGCUGAUGAUGCUUUCCUCACACAAUCUGCCAAUCGACGGCAUAGGUCCUAAUGGUGAAUAUCUCUACAUGAUUCAUAUGAGGGGGUUGCCUUUUCGCGUGCAUGCCAGAGAUAUUAUAUCCUUCUUCGAUCCCAUUCCGAUUCUCGAUAUUCAUCUGGAGCUUGGACCAAAGGGUCCUACCGGCGCAGGGCAAGUAGCGUUCUUUUCUGCGCCUGAAAAAAGCGACGCACUAAAGCGCGAUAAAGAAUGCAUCGGUGAUCGCUACAUCGAACUUUUCUCCAUCAAACCUCUUCCGCCGGCCCAUUCCAGAAAUCAACAAUUUUGCCAACAACAGCCACAUUAUUCUAUUCCUCAAACAGUCGGUCGCCAUUAUUGA